GCAAUUAUUAAAUAAAUUGAAUCAAUUUGCACAAAAUGGAAGUUGACGAAGCCCCACUUGAGAAAGUAACUAGAGAAGCUAGAGACCAUUUACCCUUUGUUGAGAAAUACAGACCAGAUUCCCUUGAUGAUAUUAUCUCGCAUACAGAAAUUAUUGAUACUGUCUGUAAAUUUGUAGAUGAGAGGAAGCUACCUCAUUUGUUAUUCCAUGGACCUCCAGGUACAGGUAAAACUUCAUGAAUCCUAGCCAUUGCUAAAAAGAUGUAUGGCAAGCAUUACCAUAAUAUGAUCUUGGAGCUUAACGCAUCUGAUGAGAGAGGAAUUAGUGUUGUCAGAGACAAGAUUAAAGCCUUUUGCUCCACACAGCAAAUUAUUAACAAAGGUUUGAAGCUAGUCAUCCUUGACGAAUGAGAUGCAAUUACAAGUGCAGCACAGUUCGCACUUAGAAGAGUAGUUGAGAAAUUUACUAAAAAUACCAGAUUCUGCUUUAUCUGUAAUUAUGUGUCAAAGGUCAUCCCUGCUUUGCAAAGUAGAUGUACAAGAUUUAGAUUCUCUCCACUCAAAAAUGAGCAUAUUGUGGGAAAACUAGAUGACAUUACCAAAGCAGAGAAAUUGAAGGUCACUAAAGGAGCCAAGGAAUCUAUUAUAACUCUCUCUGAAGGUGAUAUGAGGAAAGUCCUUAACAUUCUAGAAAGCGCUUCGCUUGCCCAUGAUAAAAUAUCUGAGGAAGAUAUUUACUCUUGUACAGGAAAACCUUCUCCUUCAGAUACUGAGAAAAUCAUGGAGAGUUUGCUACAGGAUGAUUUCAAGGAAGCUUUUGAGACUUUCAUGACUCUUAAGACCGCCAAAAGCUUAACUUUAGAGGACCUUGUUAGAAGUCUCCAUAAAUCAGUGAUGAGUACAGACCUCAAUAACAAAAUCAAGAUCUUUUUGGUAAAGAGACUAGCCAAUGUUGAGCAAAGAAUUGCAAUUGGCUGAAAUGAGAAGUUACAAGUCUCCUCAAUAGUAGGAGCUUUUAUAGAGAUUAGAACUUUGAAGAAGUAAGAGACUGAUGAAUUCUGUAUAUUCAAAAAUUUUAAA